AAAAGGGCGUCGCGGGAACACGCCGAGCGAAGGGCGGGAGGCUCGGACCCGAUCCUUGAUCAUCGGGGCUUCUGCAGCCACGCAAGCCUCCGCCGGGGUCGGCGUGUUUGGAACCCGCGUCCGUCCGCGGAAAGCCCUGUCUGCGCCCCGCGAGCCGCGCCCAGCAGCCGGGGAGGAUGCGCUGUGCGCCCGAGGUCGGGGCCGCCCUGGUGCUGUGCACCGCCGCCGGGCUGCUGAGCGCGCAGGGCCGCCCCGCGCCCGCCGAGCCGCCGCCCCGCUACGCGUCCUGGGACGAGGUGAACGUGCUGGCCCACGGGCUCCUGCAGCUCGGCCACGGGCUGCGCGAGCACGCGGAGCGCACCCGCGGGCAGCUGAGCGCGCUGGAGCGGCGUCUGAGCGCGUGCGGCGCCGCCUGCGGGGACCCGGGCACCGCCGCCCCGGCCCCGCACGGCCCCGCAGGUCCCGGCUCCCCGGGCGAGGCCGUCCCGGAGACCCUCCGCAGCCUGCAGACCCAGCUCAAGGCUCAGAACAGCAAGAUCGAGCUGCUCUUCCAAAAGGUGGCCAAGCAGCAGCGCCACCUGGAGAAGCAGCACCUGAGGAUCCAGAACCUGCAGAGCCAGGUGGGCCUCCUGGCCCCCACGCACCUGGGCCGCGCGGUGGCCAAGCCUGCCCGGAGGAAGAGGCUGCCCAAGAUGCCCCAGCCUGCUGGCUCCGCUCACAACGCAACCCACCCACACAGGCUGCCCAGGGACUGCCAAGAGCUGUUUGAAGAGGGAGAACGGCAAAGCGGACUAUUCCAGAUCCAGCCUCAGGGGUCCCUGCCUUUCCUGGUUAACUGCAAGAUGACCUCAGAUGGAGGCUGGACCGUAAUUCAGAGGCGCCAGGAUGGCUCCGUGGACUUCAAUCAGCCCUGGGAAGUCUAUAAGACUGGCUUUGGAGACCCCCAAGGAGAGUUCUGGCUGGGCCUAGAGAAGAUGCACCUGAUCCUGGGGGACCACGGCAGCCACCUGGCUGUGCAGCUGCAGGACUGGGAAGGCAAUGCCAAGUCACUGCAGUUCCCCAUCCGCCUGGGUGGUGAGGACACAGCCUACAGCCUGCAGCUAACAGCACCCAUGGCCAGCGAGCUGGGUGCCACCACUACGACACCCAGCAGCCUCUCCCUUCCCUUCUCCACUUGGGACCAGGACCACGACCUCCAGGGGGACAAGAACUGUGCGAAGAGCCUCUCUGGAGGCUGGUGGUUUGGUAAUUGCAGCCACUCGAACCUCAAUGGCCAGUAUUUCCACUCCAUUCCUCAGCAGCGGCAGCAGCGUAAGAAGGGCAUCUUCUGGAAGACGUGGCGGGGCCGCUACUACCCGCUGCAGGCCACCACCAUGCUGAUCCAGCCCAGAGCGGAUGAAGCAGCCUCUUAGCCUCCUCGCUGGGGCCUGGUCCCAGGCUCCUAGAGGACAGUGACUAUGACUCUGGCCCAGCACGUGGCCGCACUCUGCCUGGGCAGGGGCUCUGGGCAGGGGCCAUUGGAGCGACGUGGACAGAGAAGCAGCCUGUGAGUGAAGAGGCCCCCUUUCUCAGUAGGGUGGCUAUAGGUGACAUACCCUCUGAGGACAGAACACAGGGCGCAGACCACAGACUUGUGGGACCAACAGACAUUGAGGCCUGCUCCUUGCCUACCCAGGGAAUGGGAGGUGCAAAGGGACCACUCAGGGGCAACCAGGAGCCUCAAUGGUAGAUUCAGUCAUGUUGACUGGCCAGAGGACGAGGGCACCCUCACGGUGCUGUUUUAUGUGGGUGCUGUGGGACAGGCCCAUGCCAUUGGUGUCUGGGCGGAGCCCACAGAAUUCUUGAAAUAAAUGCAGCUUCAGAA